AUGUAUUUAAAAAUCAAAUCUUUAUUUCUAACUAGAAUUCACUUGAGUAGAUAUGUGAACCUUCAUUCUAGUUAUGGCGAUGAGAUAUCCUUCUACAUAUCAACACAUGUAAAAAAAUCAUCCCUUCAAACAGCAGGUGCGAUAAAAAAACUGGUUUGGUUUUCAAUUGGAGAGUUUGUAACAACACAAUUUCUCCGAAGCGAAUUUUAUCGACACAGUCAACAACAACUUGGGCAACUGUUCAAUGUUGCACUUAAGAAAGUUAUGCAGAAGAGAAAUUAUGGGGAACAACAAAAAAAUAAAAUUUAA